AUGACACUGAACGACAGGCCUUACGAUAUCAUUGUGAUCGGCGCUGGUAUCGUUGGCUCUUCUGUCUCCACGGCCCUUGGCCGUUCUGGACGUCGCGUCCUGGUCCUUGAACGUGAUCUCAAUGAACCAGAUCGCAUCGUGGGCGAGCUGCUGCAGCCAGGUGGUGUACGGGCCUUGCAGCUGCUUGGGCUAGCUGAUACCCUCGAAGGCAUUGAUGCCAUUCCUGCGGAAGGCUAUCACAUCUUCCUAAGCCCAGAAGAGUCUGUGAAGAUCGCUUACCCUGCCGUGGCAGAGCUUCCAUCGAGCUACGGACGAAGUGAGCCCCUUGGCAAGAAUUACCAUUACGCUGGGCGCUCCUUCCAUCAUGGCCGGUUCAUCAUGAAUCUGCGCCGCAAGAUGAACGAGCAGGAAAAUGUGACUGUGAAACAGGCGACUGUCACCAAUUUGUUGCAUGAUCCCAAGGACCAGCGUGUGGUGGGCGUUGAGUCCUCGGCAGGUACAUUCAAAGCGCCUGUCACGAUCGUGGCUGACGGUAUCUUUUCCAAGUUCCGCAAGGAGUAUGGUGGAGCGUACAAACCCAAAGUGCGUUCGCACUUUGUCGGCCUGGAAUUGCCACCAGAUGCCGUGAUUUCGCGCUACCACGGCCAUGUCAUCCUCAAUCAGCAAGCUGCGAAAGAAGCUGUGCCUGGCAAGGCGGUAGGCCCAGCUCUGGUGUACCAAAUUGGAUCGGAUGCGACGCGUCUCUUGGUCGAUGUACCAGGCCCGACGCUCCCAUCCGUGGGCAACGGCGACUUGGCGCGCUAUCUGCGUGACAUCGUUGCGCCAUGUCUGCCCAAGGUCAUUGGCGAAGCACUUGCGCAGGAACUGGAUAAGGGAUCACGUCUACGCACGAUGUCAAAUAGCUUUUUGCCGCCUAGCAUGCAAGGCAUGCUCAAGCACCAAUACGGUAUGGUCGUCGUGGGCGAUGCUAUGAAUAUGCGGCACCCCCUCACCGGCGGUGGUAUGACGGUGGCAUUCUGGGACAGUGUCUACCUCACCCACAUUCUCGGUGGUGGUCAAUGGUCGCCCUUGGAUGGCUACGAUGAUUCUAUGGUCGUUCCCCCUGCGGCACGAGACCUGACACAAUGGUCGGUUAUCCAGCCAUUGCUGCGCGAAUGGCACUGGAAGCGGAAAAAACUAGCGAGCGUCAUUAACAUUUUGGCAAUGUCGUUGUACAGUCUCUUUGGCGUCCCGGAUGACAAUUUGACAAUCCUUCGGGCAGGGUGCUUCCGCUACUUUGAAUGCGGAGGCGAUUGUGUUCGAGGACCGAUCAGCUUGCUAGCUGGCCUAGCCCCCGAUCCCAUGCUUCUUGUGUACCACUUCUUUUCCGUGGCUGUGUACAGUGUUCAGCUCAUGUUCCGUGGCGACUUGUUCAUUUCGGCCACGUCGUCCAAGAAGGUACAGCGUCCUCCGUUGUAUAUGUGGCCUGCGCUGUGUAUACGUGCGCUUAUUGUGUUGCUCUAUGCCUGCUUCGUGAUUUUCCCUGUGAUCUAUACCGAGAUCCGUACAAACAUCGCGACGCAGAAGACGGUUUGGUUGAACCCAAGCCUGCUGAUCCUGACAACAGGUAUGAUCGGCCUGGCUUCGUCUGUGUAUGCCAUCAUGCACUAA